CCGAGGCCCGGGUGCCGCGGAUCUUUUGUUUCCCCGCGGGGUUCUGAGCCGCAGCGUCUGUUAGUGGCGAGUCGGAGCUGGAGUGUAUCUGAGCCGAGGGCCGAGUCGGAGUGGGUCCCGAUUGUCAGCGCCGGGAGGGUGCCGUGGGGGACGCCGAAGGAUCUCGCCCCUCCGUCCGCCGGCCUGUGGGACUGGGACCCGGCCCAGGCCUGCCCGAUGGGGCGCGCGGCCCCGGCAAUGAGCCCGCGCCUCCGGCCCCGCGUACGCGGCCCUCUUGCCUCCCGCGCCUCCGCCUGAGGCCCGCGCCACCCGGAGCACCGCCCCCGGGCCCGCGAUCCCGGCCCGCGCGCGCCAUGGAGCCGGGCCGCGGCGGCGUGGAGACCGUGGGCAAGUUCGAGUUCUCUCGCAAGGACCUGAUUGGACACGGCGCCUUCGCGGUGGUCUUCAAGGGUCGCCACCGCGAGAAGCACGACUUGGAGGUGGCCGUCAAAUGCAUUAACAAGAAAAACCUUGCCAAGUCCCAGACACUGCUGGGAAAGGAAAUCAAAAUCCUGAAGGAACUAAAGCACGAAAACAUUGUGGCGUUGUAUGACUUCCAGGAGAUGGCCAGUUCUGUCUACCUGGUCAUGGAGUACUGUAAUGGUGGAGAUCUGGCUGACUAUCUACACACCAUGCGUACACUGAGUGAAGAUACUGUCAGGCUAUUCCUACAGCAGAUUGCUGGCGCCAUGCAGCUGUUACACAGCAAGGGCAUCAUCCACCGCGAUUUGAAGCCCCAGAACAUUCUGCUGUCCAAUCCUGGGGGUCGCCGUGCCAACCCUAGUAACAUCCGAGUCAAGAUUGCUGACUUUGGAUUUGCCCGGUACCUCCAGAGCAACAUGAUGGCGGCCACACUUUGCGGUUCUCCUAUGUACAUGGCCCCUGAGGUCAUCAUGUCCCAGCACUAUGACGGGAAGGCUGAUCUAUGGAGCAUUGGCACCAUUGUCUACCAGUGUCUGACAGGAAAGGCCCCCUUUCAGGCCAGCAGCCCUCAGGACCUGCGCCUGUUUUAUGAGAAAAACAAGACACUGGUUCCUGCCAUCCCACGGGAGACGUCAGCUCCCCUGCGGCAGCUGCUCCUGGCUCUGUUGCAGCGCAACCACAAGGACCGAAUGGACUUUGGUGAGUUUUUCCACCAUCCUUUCUUAGAUGCUAGCACCACCAUCAAGAAGUCCCCACCUGUGCCUGUGCCCUCGUACCCGAGCUCAGGGUCCGGCAGCAGCUCUAGCAGCAGCUCUGCAUCACACCUGGCCUCCCCACCGUCCCUGGGGGAGAUGCCACAGCUGCAGAAGACCCUUACUUCCCCAGCGGAUGCUGCUGGCUUUCUGCAGGGCUCCCGGGACUCUGGUGGCAGCAGCAAAGACUCCUGUGACACAGAUGACUUUGUCAUGGUCCCAGCCCAGUUUCCAGGUGACCUAGUAGCUGAGGCAGCUAGUACCAAGCCCCCACCCGAUAGCCUGCUGUGUAGUGGGAGCUCGCUGGUGGCCUCUGCUGGCCUAGAGAGCCAUGGUCGCACCCCUUCUCCCUCCCCGACCUGCAGCAGUUCUCCCAGCCCCUCUGGCCGACCUGGCCCUUUCUCCAGCAACAGGUAUGGUGCCUCGGUCCCCAUUCCUGUCCCCACUCAGGUGCACAACUACCAGCGCAUCGAGCAGAAUUUACAAUCACCUACUCAGCACCAGACAGCCCGGUCCUCUGCCAUCCGAAGAUCAGGUAGCACUAGCCCCUUGGGCUUUGCUCGGGCCAGCCCAUCACCCCCCUCCCACACUGAUGGAGCCAUGCUGGCCAGGAAACCGUCACUAGGAGGUAGCCGUCCCUACACACCCUCUCCCCAAGUGGGAACCAUUCCUGAGCGGCCUGGCUGGAGCAGAGUGCCCUCCCCACAAGGAGCUGAUAUGCGAGCUGGCAGGUCACCACGACCAGGUUCCUCUGUGCCUGAGCACUCCUCACGGACCACUGGGCUGGGUUGCCGUCUGCACAGUGCCCCCAACCUGUCUGACUUCCAUGUUGUGCGCCCCAAGCUCCCCAAGCCCCCAACAGACCCUCUGGGAGCCACCUUCAGCCCACCCCAAGCCAGCGCACCCCAGCCAUGCCCAGGGCUACAGUCUUGCCGGCCACUGCGUGGCUCACCUAAGCUGCCUGACUUCCUACAGCGGAGUCCCCUGCCCCCCAUCCUAGGCUCUCCCACCAAGGCUGGGCCCUCAUUUGACUUCCCCAAAGCUCCCAGCUCUCAGAAUUUGCUGACCCUGUUGGCUCGGCAGGGUGUAGUAAUGACGCCUCCUCGGAACCGCACACUGCCUGACCUCUCAGAGGCGAGUCCUUUUCAGGGUCAGCAGCUGGGCUCUGGCCUGCGGCCUGCUGAAGACACCAGGGGCCCCUUUGGCCGGUCCUUCAGCACCAGCCGUCUUACAGAUCUGCUGCUUAAGGCUGCAUUUGGGACACAGGCCUCUGAUUCAGGCAGCACUGAUAGCUUGCAGGAGAAACCUAUGGAGAUUGCUCCCUCUGCUGGUUUUGGAGGGACCCUGCACCCAGGAGCCCGUGCUGGAGGGGCCAGCAGUCCAGCACCUGUGGUGUUCACUGUGGGCUCUCCACCCAGUGGUACCACACCGCCCCAGGGCACCCGCACCAGAAUGUUCUCAGUGGGCUCUUCCAGCUCCCUGGGCUCUGCCGGCUCUUCCUCUGCCCGCCACUUAGUACCUGGGGCCUGUGGUGAGGCCACUGAGCUUUCUGCCCCAGGCCACUGCUGUAGCCUUGCUGACCCACUUGCUGCCAACUUGGAGGGAGCUGUGACCUUUGAGGCUCCUGACCUCCCAGAAGAGACCCUCAUGGAGCAAGAGCACACGGAGACCCUGCACAGUCUGCGCUUCACACUUGCAUUUGCACAGCAAGUUCUGGAGAUUGCAGCCCUGAAGGGUAGUGCCAGCGAGGUGGCCGGGGGCCCUGAGUACCAGCUGCAGGAAAGUGUGGUGGCCGACCAGAUCAGUCAGUUGAGCCGCGAGUGGGGCUUUGCAGAACAGCUGGUACUGUACUUGAAGGUGGCUGAGCUUCUGUCCUCAGGCCUACAGACUGCCAUUGGCCAGAUUCGAGCUGGCAAGCUCUGCCUUUCAUCUACUGUGAAGCAGGUUGUACGCAGACUAAACGAGCUAUAUAAGGCCAGCGUGGUGUCCUGUCAGGGCCUCAGUCUGCGGCUUCAGCGUUUCUUUUUGGACAAACAACGGCUGCUGGAUGGGAUCCAUGGUGUCACUGCUGAACGGCUUAUCCUCAGCCACGCUGUACAGAUGGUGCAAUCUGCUGCCUUGGAUGAGAUGUUCCAGCACCGAGAGGGCUGUGUACCACGCUAUCACAAAGCCCUGCUACUGCUGGAGGGGCUACAGCACACACUCACGGACCAGACGGACAUUGAGAACAUUGCCAAGUGCAAGUUGUGCAUUGAGCGGAGACUUUCUGCCUUGUUGAGCGGCAUCUGUGCCUGACUGCCUGCUACCAGCCUGCUGUGUCCUUGGAGCUAGUCGCCUCUGCCAUCCUGCAGGGAAGGGUUUGAAACCUGGCAGACUGUCCUUCUUGACACUGAUCCGAUGGUGCUGAGACUGCUGCCAGCCAACUCCAGCAGGGAUGCUGCAUGGUGGACCUGUGCAGACUGGUGCAACUCUUGCUUCCUAUUCCUAGGCUGCCAGUCUCUGCCAGUAGGUGGAUGUCAAAGUGCCAGUGACAGCUUCCUUGCCCACCGGGACAGGAGUUUCUGAACAUAUCCUUCCUAGCUGGCUCUCCUGGCAGCCAGGUGUGGCACUGAGAGGUGGUAGGCUGGUGAGUGUAGGCACCUGCCACCUGCAGAGCCCAAGGCAGCCCUGUGGACAGGCAAGGCCUUGAGACUGUUGCUGACUCUAAGCCAAAGCGAGCUUUUUCUCACAGCUCACUUACCCCAUUGCUCAUCCAGGAAAAAAGGGUGUGGCCUUUUGGCCUCCUGAUCUCUCUAGGAAUAGGAACCUCUCCCUCUGAGACUACCCACCCAGCUUUGUAAGUCACCAGAGCACUUUAUGUAGACAGAGACUGAAGAACUUCAGCCAGCAGUUCAAGUCUGAACUAGGAACCUGCCUCCUGUUCCUGGCUCUUGCUCUCCAAGAUGCUGUACAGAUGCAGACCAUGUCUACGUGUAUAAAUAGCCCAGUGUGCACCUCCACCUGUGUCUGGUCUUUGGAGGGAAACACAGGCUUGCCUCUUAGGGGAGAAACAGUCCUCCUGUUUAAAUGUUCAUUAGGGACAGUCAUUGUGAAGCACCAUGCUUUAUAAACUCAGAACUUCCACACUUUACUCCUAAAAUGUAUUGCCUGCAAUCCCAAAUCCAGUUUUUCUUUAAAAAAGGAAAGUUCAGAUGUUUAAGAAUUGGCAGGGUGGGGGUGGGGAAGGCAGAGCAUUGCUCUGGAUGUUUCCCAUGGAGGAGAUGGCACCAGCUGUGUGGCUGAGGGUGCGAAGAGGCUGCCUGAUACGGUGUGUGAGUGUGUGGCUGGCUAUCUCUAUCAACUUGCCCUGUUAGAUGGCAGAGGGCAGUGCCCAGAUGCCGUCCUCCCCCUGCAGUAGGCAGGUGUGGGUGAAAAAUAACAUAUGCAAAACUGUCCCUCAUGGAGCUUUUCCGUGAGUGUCGCUCCUGUGCUUGCUGAGCUUGUCUUCCAGGCUCCAAGGUGGACAUGAGCUGAUAUCUUCCCGGCCUCCUAGUGUGCUGGCUCUUUGUCACUGCUCUGUCCACGUGUACUUGAAAGUAUCUGAGUGUCCACAAGGCAGAUGUGGGGUUGCUGUCCCCCAGCAACAUUCAGAGUUAUAGGACACACACCAACUUUUUUUUUUUUUUUUGGUUUGUUUUUUUUUUUUUUUUUUUUUUUUUUUGUUUUGUUUUGUUUUUGCAAUACUUGAAAUAUUGCCACUGUGCUUGAACAUACAAGAAAGCAGAUCUCUAAGACUAGCCUCCUCCCUAGUCACCCCAUGACCUCCCUUGCAUGUAACAUGUAUUUAUUGUUUUGUGGCCAAUUGGAAUCCAGAGCCACCAGGGAGGCUGGUGCAGGGAUCCUUACCUACCACCUGGUUCCUAAUGGCUCCUGGGUGGUUGUGUAUGUGUGUGGCUGGCUGUGUGUGGUGUGAGCCAAACCUGCUCUCCAAAGCAGUGCUCAGCCCGUCAAUUUAAGAUGAAUUUGUGUGAAUCCACCCCUUUUGCGUUUCACUGUGUCGUAUCAGUUUAAGAAAAUAAAAUAUGGAAUUGUUAA